AUGAAAUUCGUUGUCGCUUUGUUCGCUGUUUUCCUGGCACUCUUGGCCUUGAAUCAAGUCCAGGCUCAAGGUAAUCCUUUGUUCACCGGCCAGCCAGGUUGCCAGACCGAAGAAGAAGUCUCUGUGGGGCUUUAUCGUCAUUUCCGUAAUAAGCGUGCCUACUGGAGAUGCAGUGUUGUCGGUGAACCAGCCACCCUUGAAUUUUGUCCAUUGCUAACUGGAUUUUUGGAUGAUGCCAAGUCAUGUGUUCCCUGGGCCCAAUGGUAUUGGACACCAACUGUUGCCCCACCAAGUUCUCCAGUUGAACCAACUGUUGCUGCAGAAGGUUCGGGACUGUAA